UGCUGCUGUCUCACCCCGAGCAGUAUGGCAGCUCCGUAAGAUGAUCAAAUGCACCAUCCCACACAGCAACCCUCUGCUGGAUUUUGCUGAUUACGGCUGCUACUGCGGCUUGGGAGGCGGUGGGACACCAGUAGAUGAACUUGACAGGUGCUGCCAAGCACAUGAUCAUUGCUACAGCGAGGCAGAGAACCUCUCGUCCUGCAAGUUCCUGCUGGACAACCCAUACACGGAAACAUACAGCUACAGCUGCUCGGGCGAAGCCAUCACGUGCAGCAGCACCAACAGCGACUGCGAGAUGUUCAUCUGCAACUGCGACCGCACCGCCGCCAUGUGCUUCGCCAAGGCGCCCUACAACCCCGCCUACAGGGGGCUGGACACCAAGAAAUACUGCCAGGAGGCCUUCUCCUCCUAGUCGUGAGGGCAGCCGCGGGCUGCCGCCCGCUCCUGCCUAAUAAA